AUGGCGGCGUCUCUCCGCUUGGCGGCGGCCACGAGGAUCCUGCGUCCGGUGGUGCUUCCAGGGCAGGGGCCUCGCCGGCUCGUCCACAACGAACAGAUUAACAGAUCCAGCCGCCUUGGCUCGGAUGAAUACCGUGAGUCCGUUAUCCAGCAGCACAAGGAGCAGCUGUAUGAUCUCAUCGCCGAGGCCGACCCCGAUUCCAUGACCUUCGCGCGGAACAGUAGUCUGCUCAAGGAUCUCUCUACACAAAUCAAGCCUAGACCACAUGACCCUCAAUGGCGCAAGAUAACAAGAAGGAAGACGGUGAACAAGUGGAUCGAGGGGGUUGCGUCGGUGGGCAUUCUGGCUGCUUCUGCGCUUACUUAUUGUAUCUUGAGUUCCAUUCCUAAAAUGGGGAAGUACGAGGGAUAUCUUGUUACUGAAGAGAGUCUACCCUUGCUACGACGGUUAUAUCUUGCUGAGAGAUGGCGCAAGCAAGAUGAACAUCAGGCUGUUGCUACUGCCGAGGGAGUGCACGAGCAAGAUCAUGGACUUGUUACUUCGCCUCAUUGUUCACGGUGUGGUAAUUUUCUUCCUGAAAGGUGUGCCCAUUGUGGUUUGAAUCUCCCACGUCCACGUUAGCAAUGCAGAACGUGGCCAAGCAAGCGGACCAGCGCAGAAUCAAAAGGAAACUGCAAAAGCAAACCGGAGCGAACACGAAAUGCAUCUUGUUUGUUGGAAACAGGACGAAUACAUGUUCUAUUCAAGCACUAUA